AAGAUAAAUCCGAACAUGCCUGGCCCGGCGGCGGACGAACCCUAAAUUGCGGGUCCUUUUCCUUUCAUCAUUCCAGCUUCUGUCUCUCUUUACUUUCCAAGUACAAAAGCAAUUGAAAGAGAUCCAAUGGAAUCGUAAUCCUCGUGGUCUCACGAGGAAAUCAACCGGUUUGACCUCCUCCAUCCGCUCAAAUCACUAAAUUGCCCUCACGAACUUUCUCCGAAUCCUCGAAGUUCAGCAAGUCAAUUGGCCAAUCAGCAAUUAUCUAAUUGUCGCAGCAUAGUUCUGUUCGCGUACUAAUCAAGGAAUCGGUUCGGGAUUUGUGUAUGUAUGAUAGAAUCGCUGCUGAUAAAUCGGCUUGAAUUGAAAGCGGUUGGGGGAAUCGAUAGUUUCAGGUUGAGAAGCAUCUCGAAGAAGACGGCAAUGGCGCCUCCAGUCCUGUCCUUGGCUUUGCCAUCGGAGACGGGUCGGGUUCUCAGCAUUCAAUCUCACACUGUUCAGGGAUAUGUUGGCAAUAAAUCAGCUGUUUUCCCUCUUCAACUGCUCGGCUAUGAUGUAGAUCCAAUCAAUUCGGUGCAGUUCUCAAACCACACAGGAUACCCAACUUUUAAAGGACAAGUCUUGAAUGGGCAACAACUGUGGGACUUAAUUGAAGGCCUUGAAGCAAAUGAUUUAUUGUUCUACACUCAUUUAUUGACUGGUUAUAUUGGUUCAGUCUCCUUUCUGAACUCUAUCUUAGAAGUUGUCAAUAAGCUUCGAUCUGUCAAUCCGAAACUUACUUAUGUUUGUGAUCCAGUACUGGGUGAUGAAGGAAAGCUUUAUGUUGCUCCAGAAUUGGCAGUGUUAUACCGUGAGAAGGUUGUCCCACUUGCUUCAAUGCUGACUCCUAACCAAUUUGAAGCAGAACUGUUGACUGGGUUAAGGAUUGUAUCUGAACAAGAUGGCCGGGAAGCCUGUAACAUUCUCCAUGCUGCUGGACCACCAAAGGUGGUGUUAACAAGUAUAAGUGUUGAUGGCAAUCUUCUUCUCAUUGGCAGUCAUAAGAAAGAAGUGGGUCAAUCACCUAAGCAGUUCAAGAUUGUGAUUCCCAAAAUUCCUGCAUAUUUUACGGGAACUGGAGAUCUAACGACUGCACUAUUACUUGGAUGGAACAAUAAAUAUCCUGACAAUCUUGACAAAGCAGCAGAGCUUGCUGUAUCAAGCUUGCAGGCGCUUCUGCAGCGGACACUGAACGACUACAAAAGGGCUGGGUACGAUUGCCAGUCAAGCAGUUUAGAGAUACGGUUAAUACAGUCCCAAGAAGACAUUCGUCACCCGCGAGUACAGUACAAUGCCGUGAGAUACAACUGACUGCUGCUGCCGGAAUCAUACAAAUAACCUUUAAGCAUUUGCUUGGACUCACAAUGCCUCUCGGAUCACUCUUUUCAAACAAAAAAUAUACAAAUUCCUAACUCAAAAAUGGCUCCAUUCCCGCUGGUAAAGGUUCAUGUUACACUGUUAUAAUCACAGAGUUACUCUUUUGUUACCUGACGUUACUGUUGGAUGUAGUAUUUUAUCAAAACACAGACCAUAUAGUUCAAUAACAUUCUUGCAGAUUCAGAGACA